CACCUCUCCUCCUUUAGUUAGCUCUGCUUCUACUACACUCCUUAUUUGAAAAUGUGUUUGACUUUUAUUUACGUAUUUAUUAAAACGCCUCUAGUUAUACAGUUUUUAACAAGCUGUCGAUGACGUAGUUCAACAGUUUAGAGCUAACGCCGGUACACCCGGCUAGCAUUAGCACUUCUCUGAUAGCAGAACAAAGUGUUCCUGCUGAAUCUCAUGAUGUGGUUAGUCGGCUUUUCUGCUUCACUGAUGUGAACAUUACACGUAAUAACUGAUGUGCAACGCCAGCUGUCAUUGUAGCAGUUGAAUGUAGUUAACGUGAGUGGGUCAAAGUGAAACACAGGUCGUGUUGUGACCUUUCAGCUAAUUGUGAAAGGUGUCAAAUUGCCCCCUGUUUUAGUUGUUUAAUCCCUUUGAAAACAUGUCAUUCACCUCAUCCCUUUGUUUUGGUCCUUAGUCACGUGUCCACAGAUAAGGGGACAGAUGCUGACGUCGACAUUUUCAAUGGGAAGACAGUGAAAGGUAAAAUCAGAGAAAACAGGCAGUUUGCAGCUAAGUUGUAGUUGACUAAAACUAAACCAAGUACCCAAGCUAGUGACUGACUAGUACCACACAUUACCUACUAAAGAAAAAAUAACUAACGUGCAGGCUAAUAAAAACUAAACUAAGAUAUUUUGCCUGUUGAUAGGACCCAUGUGAGGUGUUUCAGGCAAUUAUUUAGAACACCUCCUGAGCACAUCGCUUUUGAGGCACACCCAACUGGAAAGAGACCCCAGGGUAAACCUACAUCCUGCUAGAGAGAUUAUAUAUUUCAUCUGUCUGGGAAUGGUUUGGGAUCUCCCAGGAGGAACUGGGUUUAUCUGGAGAGAAUUAAGUUUGGAGUACUAGAGUUCUCCAGAUAAGCAGGAAUAUUGUUUGAUGAAUAUUUUUCAACAGUAAAAUAAUAAUAAUAAUAAUAAUAAAAAUUCUAUACUAGUGAAAAAACAGGAGCUUUUCUGUCAUUUAAUUUUUUAUCUAUUCAUUACUUUAGUGCAGUAUGAAGGGCUGUGGGGGGAGGUCUUUGUCAGUAGAAUCAGCUGUAAAACUAAAAGAAAAAUACUGUUAGUCCAAAAUGUAUGUCUUCCUUCAGAUUUUCCUAAGACUUCAUGUGAGUUGUUUUGAAGGUUUCCUGGGCUGAUUUAUGGUUAUGUGGUUGUUUGGUCAAGGCCAAUAGUUUCCUUAAUUAAUAUCAUGGGCAGUUAGCAAAGACAUCAGUCUGCAGCUGUUUCUGUUUUCCAACCUUGGUUUUAGGCUUAACAUUUAUUUCAUAGAGACAUUCGACAUGCGCUCAGCAUAAUAAGAUAAGAUAAGAUAACCUUUAUUAGUCCCACACGUGGGAAAUUUGUUUUGUCACAGCAGGAAGUGGACAGUGCAAAAGUUAUGAAGCAAAAAUUAGAAUACAAUAAGAAUAAAUACAAUACACAACUGUACAGAAUAGAAUAAAAUAAAAUACUAUAUACAGUAGAAUCAACUCAAUCCUGUUGUUUGCCCAGCGAUCUGGUGAGAUAAGUGAGCGUAAGCAUCUUUACCAGUAACUAAAAUAAGUCUCUGACGAUCUCAUACGAAAGGAGUCUAAAAAUUGAAGGUCCUUGUGUGGAACCGCCAAAAAUUUCUAUCAUGCAGUUGGAGGCUCAACUACGUCUGUGCCAGAGUUGUUUUUGGUGUUGCAAGAGUGGACUGCGGCUGUUCUCCCAAAGCUAUACGCAAAGAAAAGCUGCGACCUACUACGACCUCCUGGGAGUCAAAUCUGAUGCCACGUUAGAAGAAAUCAAAAAUGCGUUUUUUGACAAAUCCAAAAAGCUACAUCCAGACAGCGACCCGUCAAACCCGGCACUGCACAGCCAGUUUGUGCAACUGAACGAGGCCUACAGGGUGCUGAGCAAAGAUCUGAGUAGGAAGGAGUACGACUUCAAAAUACGACAGCCGUAUGCUGGUGCUCAAGUCUUCAGAUCUGCCUCCACUGACCCCAGCUACAGAGGCAGCAUGGAUGCCUAUGAGAACAUCCGUUACUGGGAGCAGGUUCAUCACCCUCACACUCCAGAGAUGAUGGCCGAGGAGAAGCAGAAGAGGAGGAAGAGGAACUUCCGCCUGGUGGCGUAUUGUGUCGUCGCUAUGAUGCUCAGCAUAGGAGCCCAUGCCGUCCUCUUCAAGAAACUGGAAGAAGUUCACACUAACUUCAUGGAUGAGAAAGACCGAAUCAUCAUAGAAAUUUACAAUGAAGCCAAAGAGAGGGCGAGGGUCAAUGGUUUUAAGAAGCAAACGGAAAUCCUGCGUCAGAAGCACGCGGAGUUUAAGGAGAAAUACAAACGCACCGACGUUGGAGACGACAAGUAGCAGAUCCUUCAGCUGUGCUCGGUGAUGCCAGCAGGCGGACCAAGCUGGCUGUUGUGUUUUAAGAUUAUUUAUUUUCUGACCUUUUUAAAGGUGUUUCCACGCCUGUUUCUGCCCUCAGAUGUGAUCCUGAAAUCUGCAGGGAGUGGGUGUGGUUUAGGGGGAGGGUUCCUCUGGUCAUAGAUGCUGACCAGGAUAAGCUUUUAUAUUUUAUGGGACUCGUUUGUUCCCAAACCUGUUCACGGUUUGUCCACAGGAGCCAUAAUGAGCUCUAUCAAACUGCCCCUAAUGGAGUCUCAGGAACACGCUGUUUGCUGUUUAUUGUUCUCAGCCUCAUUUCUGUUACAGCUGUGCAGCAUCUGGAACUCGCAUGUGACGGUGAAUAAUACAACAUGACAGCUGAUCAAGUUGUGAAGAGAGAGACUCUUAUUUGCAGCAAUGUUUCAUGUUGUUUUAAAAGAAAAUGUCUUUGAGCGCUCAAGUGUGGACGCUGCUGUUUAAAUUGGUUCACACCUGAUAUAUAUUCACAAGUGUUUGAUUUUUGGACUUUCUGCACUUCCUGCCAACAAAUAUCGAUUUGUUUGACACAGAAAAUCUGGAGAAAAAAGUGCCACUGAGUAAGUUAUUUAUUGCAAACUGUUGUAAUAUUAUGGAGAAAUGCAUUUAAAGGAAAGAUCACACACACAAAGUGAGCCAACAUUUACCAUUUUGGCCUCUCAGUCUUUAUAUAUUAUAUUGUUUUAUGUUUUUGCUGCCUUGUUGAGUCCCUCUUGGGACAUCUGAGAGAAAGCUUUAAAAGAUCUCAUUAACCAUCCUUUGCUUGAUUUCACUUUACUUCUACAUGCUUCUUGUUAUUUAAUGUCUUGCUUAUUACCAUUUCUUCCCAUAGUGUCAUUUGUUUCCUGUUACCUUUUAACGAGCAGCAGAGAAGAAUCGGUAAUGAUUCAAAUAGAUAAUUAUCUCAGAUCUUUGUUUCCCAUCACGUCAGUGAAAGUGAAUCAUACAUUUUUAACUUUGAAGACAGCAACGCAGUUAUGUUUAUUUGCAUGUUUGCUUUUACAAACAAGAAAAUUUCCAGUGAUCAUCCAGGAAAGGCGACACCCAUUAUGAAGUCAAGGCUUGGAUUCUUUCCUUCUUUCUUUCUUUUUAUUUUGGAAGGAAUUGUGUGGGUGUGUAAAACCCUGCAUCUACAGCGUGAAGUUUGUUUUUAAGAAAGGAUAUCGCCCCUUUUCCCUCUCUGUUUUCUUGUCACCAGCGGCCCCUGCCCUGAGACGUCAGCAGGAGAUAACAUACUGUGUCCCCGCAUAGCUCUCAGACACCCUCACCCUCAUGUGGCGUGUGAGUACCCUGUCAUAACCCAAACACGCCAUAAUGACUGAGAUCCUCGUGUCAGCAUGCCUUCACACACACACUGAUAGGAGAUGAGGCUCAAGAGUUUUCCUGCUAGAGAAGAAAACAGCUCUGGAUGCAGUUUUAAUUGACUUUUAUCUUUAGUUUAAUGAGCUGCGAAGAGAAACUGUGUAGAAUCAUGCUCUGAAAUAAAAGCGUGACAUGCUCUUUGGAGAUUAUUUUUUAUUGAUUAGUUGGAUGGGAGGGGCUGAAAUCCUUAAUUUCCCUCCUUGGGCAUUAAAAAGAUCAUAAAACUGCUCCCAAACCACAAUGAUCCACCUUUGGGAAUCAAAAUUGUUUUUAUGAUUUUAAUUAUCAGUAAACUCUACUACUGUGCAAAAGUCACUAGCAGCUUUUUUUUAAAUAUAUAUUGCUUCCAAGCAGGUAGUUUCUUUCUGAAGGUCUUUCAAACUUUGUCUUUGACUGAUUUUUCAAUGAUUUUCAGUUCAGUCUUUGUGCCUGACUUUUUUCAGAGAAACAUUUUGUUUCUUGUUAAGAUUCAUAACACUGACCUAUGACUCAAGCAUAAAGCACCUAACUUGAGGGAUGAAUCACUGUUGUGUGUACAUGUAACAGACAACGACAAAGAAAAGUAUUUUGCACCGACAUCGUGAUUCCCAAAAAGCUAUUAACUCAAAAUAUGGCAAAUCUUGUCAUGUUGUGCAGUGUGUCCUUAAACAAUCUGGGAAAGCUGGAAAAGUGGAGGACUAAAGAAGUUGAUCCCUCUGCUGCUCACUGAAAGCUCAUCAGAAAUGUUCUCGGUGAAAGUGUAUCUGUCGAGAAACUAUUCUUAAGGAAAGGAAACGGUGAUAAAUGUUGAGGUAUGAGAAAUUACACAGAACUGGCCAGAAAAUCAGGGGAAACAAGUCUGAAGAAGAGAUGAAUAAAUAAUUUGAAAUUUCUGUUUUAACCCAAUCAUUGUCAGGAUGUAUGGAGGAAGUCAGGAGAGAGGUACAGCAGUGAUGGCCUACAGCCAUCUUGUGAAACACGGUGGAGGCUCUGUCAUGGUUCAGGGCCCCAUUUCAGUCAGUGGUGUUUGGGAUGUUGUCAAAAUUAAUGGAAUUAUGAAUAGAGAACAGCAUUGUCCAAUGUUGACCCAUGAUGCAAUACCAACUGGAAGGGAUCUGAUUGGCAGCUGCUUCAUUUUUCAGCAUGAAAUAAUUCCAAACCCACUGCCAGUGCAGUGAAAGCACACCUGGAUAGAAAAACACUAACUGGAACACUAACAGUGAUGGAGCGGCCUCUCCAGAGCCCAGACCUCAACAUUAUUGAAGCAGUGUGGGAUCAUCUUAACAGAGAACAGAGCAACAGACGGCCAACGUUCAAAGCAGAGCACUGAAUGUCCUUCAAUAAGUCUGGAGAAGCGUUCCUGAAGAUGACUUCAUGAAAUGUUGCCUUCAGGUUAAGGCUGCAUAAAGGUGGUCAAACCAAAUAUUAACUUUCAAGCUUGUUAGAAUUAUACAAACUCUGUUUUUGUCUUAUAUACUGUAUUUCCAUGUAUGUUUGUAGAUGUUUCCAUAAAUCACUGCACCUUUUUACCAUUUCCUCAAAAAACUAUAAAUAAAUGAAGUGUUGCCCAAGACCUUUCCACAGUUUAUCAGUUCUACUUGACACUUUGUUUUGGGCUCUUUUUAUUUGAAAAAUGCCCCUUGUCAUUUUCUUCUCACAGUGGAUGGACAGCAAAUAUGUAAAUAAUAAAGUGAAUAAUGGCUGA